AUGGCCUCUCGUGCAACAAAGCAAAGUGUUGGGAGUAAGGGAAGUGGGGACACAGACGAUGACAAAAGGCGCAAGGAAGUAAGGCGAGAAUUUGUAAGCGAAUACGGCAGGGGUGUAAAAGAGAUCACAGGAACCCUUCCAUAUUCAUUGAGCAUGAGACCAGACGCUGUUACCGCCUCGGAAGAAGUGGUGGACAUCGUGUUAGAAUGCCAGACUGUCAAUGCGCCCAACGUUAAUCGAGACAAUUCAGUACGGGUUAGGGUUCUGCACCGCAGGGAUGACGUCGUCGCCAUCAGGCACAAUUUAAGGGGGGAACCAUCCCCGUAGUGGUUAGCUAUUCUUCUGGAGGACGUUUCCGUCGAAGAUGACAGUGGAAAGUUCUUGAGAAAUAAUAUGAGCAUUCGAUGGCUUAACCAAACAGAGAAUCCACUCUGUUAUGUCAAAGGUGAUACCUGUGACAAGAACUCCCCGAAGUUUAUCAUGGCCGACUCGCUCCCGCAGGAUUUUGUUUGAACGCGAACAGUUUCUAGUCCCUCCGGAGGAAAACAAACGACUAUUACGCAUUGCUAAUGGAUAUGAGAAAACUGGAGACGAGGAGCAACAGCAUGUGGAAGAAGAAGAGAUAGAAGAAGAGAUGGAAGAAGUGUUAAACCUUGUCGCACUUCCCGCAAGAUUGCCGGGUGUCAGCCUGUCUUGA